UGUCAUGGCGGGCGGAGGACUUGUAAACAGUAGCUGCUAGCUUCUGUCGCUAAUUAGACUUGGAGACGCAAGUGUCGUAGUUUACUCUGAAUUGGACGCUCAAUUGCCAGACAUGGGUUCGUGAGUUCGUAAUGUUGGCUUGUGUUUAGCGCAACUCUUGCGAGUCACUCUGAGGUUAUUUGCUGCUAACUUCAUUUCCCGCGUCUUAACAAUGAAGUUACUUUAUCACAUGUGAGAAGCUAACGGGUAUUAGCUGACGGGAAAGAGUGGGAAUUCAUUUUAAUGUCCUACGUCACAAAAAUGUCGACUUAUUAUUCUUUUAACCAACUGACUCAGAGCCAGAGAUUUGUUGCUGUGUGUUUGAGCGCAGGUCACACCACCCUUUCCUGUCCUUCGUCUACUCGUCCCUCCUCUGCGGCUGCUCACUGCAGCACUAUGGCAAAUUGUGCAGCAAAAACGGGUGAAUCAUUAUAGAAUGCUGGAGGAUGUUGUGUGUCUCAUAACAGAAGCAAUUCCUGAACUGUUAACAGACACUCAGAAGAGCCUUCUCUUUCUGGCACUUAAAGGCAAGGAUGUUACAGACCCAAAUAUGGAUGCCGCCAUAAAGAUUCUACUAUCUGACUGCCUUUGUCGUCUGGAACAGCUUUUUCCUGUACCAAGUUUCACAAAAACAGCUUUAUGGCUUGACGCUGUAUUGGAUGAGUGUCUUGAAGGGCCAGAGCCUGAAAACCUGAAGCUGCUGUUGACAAAUCAAAAUUGUCGUGUCAGUCAAGUUCCCUCAUCCAACAUUAACUUGGACACAGAAAAGCUUCUCCUGAGUCAGUUGGCCAAAGAUGCCGACCCUUGCACUAAAACAGACGAGUCAACCCAGGGCACUGAAGCGCUGGUAGAAGCUGAGGAGGAUCUGAUUGAGCCAGUGGUGUUAAUAGUUCAUCAGGAGCAAACCUGCACAGAGAGGGGAGGGGAACAAUCUGAUUAUUUCUGCGGUCAGCAAUCGAUAGAAAAAAGUGAUUCAGUCUACCAACAUGAAAAGUCGUCCAUUGAGGUCACGUCUCUGAACAACAUUUCUACCAAUUCCCAGCGUGUGGCACACAGAUGUCCUCAGUGUGGAAAGUGUUUCAUAUAUAGAUCACAGGUUAUUCGACAUCUGCGUACAAACCGGUCCUGUGGAUCCUCUGUGACUUUACUUCCUAAAACCAGCAGUAACCAGAAGGACCCCAGUUCAUUUGGACCUCGCACCACUCAUGUUUGCUUUCAGUGCAAUGCAGUGUUUGGCAGCGAGGUGGAUCUCCAGUCUCAUAGGCGCUGCCACCGCCCAUUGUACGUCUGUGACGUCUGUGGUGCAGAGUUCCAGCUACGUUCUAGCCUGAUAAGUCACAACCUAAAACAUCACAAGGAGGGUGUCUCUGCUGAGGAAACAGAGCCCCCACAGAGGCUGCGUCCACACUGCUGCAGUGUCUGUCAGCAAACGUUUAGCUCGCAAGCCCGGUUGCUGCGCCACCUGCAGGCACAUGCCGUCGAGGGCACUGCACCGCGAUAUGACUGCCGUUACUGUGACCUGAGCUUUUCUGGUGUGACUCUACUGCGUAUCCACCAGAGAAGUCAUGCUAACCGCACGUACCAUUGUGACAAGUGCAACAAGACGUAUGGUUCUCUCAGUAGCUUAAAGGCUCAUCGGAGCAGCCAUGUCCCUGAUAGCCACUACCUGUGUGCUCAAUGUGGCCAGCGUUUCAAGACGAUUCAUGGCCUCGAGGGACAUGCUCGUACACAUCGUGGCGAGAGACCGCACUGCUGCCCUUACUGCCCCAAAAGGUUCACAGCCAUUGCCAGCCUCAAUGUUCAUGUGCGUUGUCACACGGGAGAAAGACCGUACGUGUGCGAUGUGUGUGGGAAGGGCUGGCCUUCCGGUGGAGACCUGCAGAAGCACAGGAGAACACACACGGGUGAGCGCCCCUACACCUGCCGUGACUGUGGGAAGUCCUUCUCCAUUUCCAGUCACCUGACGGAGCAUCUCCGCAUCCAUACUGGGGAGAAGCCUUUCACAUGCACCGAAUGCGGCAAACAUUUGCGCAGGAAGUUUGACUUGAAGAAGCACAUGCUGACUCACCAGCGCCAUCGUCCCUUUGCUUGCUCUAUCUGCAAUAAGAGCUACACUCGCAAGACUCACCUCAAUAGACAUGUGCUAAGCCACUGCGUGGAGGGCAGUGAUCCAGUGGCAGGAGUGAGGCCAGUAUCAGAUGAAGCGGAGGGGAAGGCUGACUAAACCACUUGAUGAAAUCUUUUUUGAAUAACUAAGAAACCCCUGCUGAUGUCCACAGACAAUAUGUUUACAGUGUCCCUGACAGUAGCGGAUGUUAUGUCAGAUUCUGCAACAAACUUUAUGCUGAGCACCUUUUUCUGUUUUUGUUUUCCCCGUGCUGGCUGAUGAAAAUAUCAAAACUAAAUUUGUGAUCCAGCAUCCACAACUGCUAAGUUUGUUGACCUCUUUGGGCCUACAAAAUGUAUGUACAAAUAAAGUGUUUAUUA